AUGUUAUCCUUUGGCCCUCGGGACAAAUGCAAGUCAGAGAUCGGCAGCCGAAUCAAGAUGAAGCACGCAGCGACCAGCACGCAUAAGCCCGUCGCCCCCAAAGCUUUGUCCUGGCCUGCUCCCGUCUGCCCUGGUCGCGCCUUGUUCUGCUGCUCUACAAAUUACUCUGAACUGCAACGUACCCCUCAGCUCUUCAGCCGUUCCGCUGUUCGUUUUUAUUGCGGGGGCCACAGCAUCCCUCCCUCCGAGGCUCUACUGGUAGUUACCAACAACCGAGUCGCUCCCUCGUUCACAAACAUAAUACCUCAGGCCCGCGCGCUCCGUACGAGUCGCUCUUCUGCUCGCCAAACUGCCCGAAUCGGUUUUCCGUCACAGACUACUGGUGCGACGGCGCUGACCGCCACUCUUGCUGCUCCAACGACCUGGUCCGCUCUCAUGGAGCUCAUUUGA